AUGCCGCCCGCCCUCGUCGUCUACCGCAUCCCGCCGCGCUACCAGUGCGCCUUGGCUCCGCACAGGUCACCUGCCGAUUCUCCCCCGACCACGGGCGAGGAGGACGAGCAGUUCCGGCACCCCAUCGUGCCGGCUGUCGCUCGCCCCGCCCAGCAGCACCCUAGAGCGGCACCUUGCAUUGGCCCCGCCGAACCCCACAGCCGCCGCCUCCUCCUUCUCCCACCUCACAGCCGCCACCUCCCUUUCCUUCCCCCGUGGGCCACUCCCCUGCUUGCCUCCUCCGCUGUGUGUGCCGCUACUCCACCCGAGCGCCGUCUCCAGCUGCAGCACCACCCCUGGCUGCCUCCUGGCCCUCCUGCGCCGCCGCCCUCCUUCCUGCUGUGCACCGUCGCCGCCUCCUGCUUGCCUCCAUCGCACGCACCGCCGGUCCCCAGCAUGCGCAGCCCCCCACGAGCAAUGCUGGCAGGCUGCGCGAGCGCUGCAGGCUUCCCUGCACGCACUGCCCGCGGCCCCGCCUCCUGCGCACUGCUGGGCCAUACCAUGGCCGCCGCCUUAGCGCCGUCGGCCGGAGCUGCAGCUCGCCCCCGCCCGCCUCGCCAGCCGGAGCCGCAGUUCGCCCGCGCGUGCCUUGCCGGCCGAAGCUGCAGCUCGCCCCGCCCACCUCGCCAGUCGGAGCUGCAGCUCGCCCCCGCCGUUCCCUGCCUUGGCAUGGGCGGAGCCUCGCCGCAGGUGCACCAUCCUCGCCGAGCUGGGUGA